GCACAAUUUCAACGCUCACAAAUGUAUUCUAUAUAUGCAUCAUCAUAAUAAUAAUAAUCUCAUGAACUUCCAUCCUCAUCCUCUCCUACAUACAACACCACCCCAUCCCCACUACUAGAAAAUUAAGACUUUUUUGAAAAAUUUAUCUUUUGUUGACUUUUGAGAAAUACACACACAAUGGCAGGCGGAGGAAUGGUGUCCGACAAAGGCGGAGCCAGGGCAGAGUUAUACGAACAUAAGAUCACCUCGUACUUUGUUUUCGCAUGUAUUGUUGCGGCUCUUGGUGGAUCUUUGUUUGGUUAUGAUCUUGGUGUUUCCGGUGGAGUAACAUCUAUGGACUUUUUCUUGAAGGAAUUUUUCCCAAAAGUUUACAAAAGAAAACAAGCACAUCUGAAGGAAACUGAUUACUGCAAAUAUGACAAUCAAAUCCUCACACUUUUUACAUCAUCCCUUUAUUUCGCUGCCCUUUUCUCCACAUUUUUCGCUUCCCAUGUUACCCGGAACUAUGGCAGGAGAGCCAGCAUUCUCUGCGGUGCAGUUAGCUUCUUUGCUGGAGCUGUUAUGAAUGCUGCAGCUCAGAACAUUGCCAUGCUCAUCAUCGGCCGGUGCCUUCUUGGUUUUGGAAUCGGCUUUGGUAAUCAAGCAGUUCCUCUUUACCUAUCAGAAAUGGCACCAGCCAAGAUCAGGGGAGCAGUGAACCAGUUGUUUCAAUUGACAACUUGUUUAGGUAUAUUUAUUGCAAACUUUAUAAACAAUGCCACUGAGAAACAUUCAUGGGGAUGGAGAUUAUCACUCGGCCUAGCCACAGUUCCUGCUACACUAAUGUUCGUUGGAGGGCUUUUCUUGCCUGAAACACCAAACAGUUUAGUAGAACAAGGAAGAUUAAAAGAAGGAAGAGAGGUUUUGGAAAAGGUAAGAGGUACCAAGAAUGUAGAAGCGGAAUUUCAAGAUCUUCUUGAUGCAAGUGAAGCUGCAAAGGCCAUCAAGCAUCCUUUUAGAAACCUUCUUAAAAGGAAAAACCGACCACAAUUGAUUAUUGGUGCUUUGGGUAUACCUGCAUUUCAACAACUUACAGGCAUGAACUCUGUGUUGUUUUAUGCGCCUGUGAUUUUUCAGAGCUUGGGGUUCGGUUCUGGUGCAUCCUUAUGGUCAUCCACCAUCACUAGUGGCACUCUUGUUGUUGCUACAUUCAUUUCAAUGGCGUUUGUUGAUAAAUUUGGUAGACGGGCCUUCUUCUUGGAAGCUGGCACUGAAAUGAUCAUCUGCAUGGUGGCCGUCGCAGUUACUCUGGCCCUCAAGUUCGGACAAGGUGUUGAGCUACCAAAAGGAAUUGGGAUUUUUCUUGUGAUCAUGAUCUGCAUUUUCGUUUUGGCAUACGGGCGAUCAUGGGGGCCAUUAGGAUGGUUAGUUCCAAGUGAACUGUUCCCAUUGGAGACGCGAUCUGCUGGUCAAAGUAUUGUGGUUUGUGUCAACAUGUUUUUCACGGCCUUAGUUGCACAGUGCUUCCUCGUGUCAUUAUGUCAUCUAAAAUAUGGCAUUUUCUUGUUGUUUGCUGGGUUGAUCGUUAUCAUGAGCAUCUUCAUCUUCUUACUGUUGCCCGAAACAAAACAGGUUCCGAUUGAAGAGAUACAUUUGUUGUGGCAAAAACACUGGUUUUGGAAAUCUUAUUGUGCACCUGAAGCUCAAACUGAAGAAAAAGUAAUGAAACCAGUAUAAUUUGUAGUAUAUAUUUUCUUCUUGCUUGUAUGGAUAUUAAGUUUAAUUUCCUUUCAAUUGUAUGUAUGUACUUCAAAAUAAUGUUUGGUUUAUUGGGACUUUAUAGAAAAGAAGGGAAUUACAAACGUUUCAUUUGACAAAA